AUGAGUAAAAGAUUUUCCAUCUUCUACUCUCUUUUACUCAUCUUCUUUGGAUCAUCGGCUCUGUUUUCUCCGGUCACCAGUGACCUCGCCGGCGACAGACAAGCCCUUCUCGACUUUCUCAACAACAUAAUUCACCCGCCGUCUCUAGCGUGGAACGCAAGUAGCCCGGUCUGCGCCACGUGGUUAGGCGUCACGUGCGACGGAGACGGCACACGUGUCACUGGUCUUCACUUGCCCGGAACAAGUCUUCUUGGAGUAAUCCCUCCGGGAACUAUCAGCCGUCUAUCAGAGCUUCAGAUUCUCAGUCUCCGAUCCAACGGCCUACAAGGCCCGUUCCCUAUUGAUUUCUUGCAGCUUAAGAAACUCAAGGCAAUUAGUCUUAGCGGCAACAGAUUCUCCGGCCCAUUACCGACCGAUUUUGCCACGUGGAGUAAUCUCACCGUUCUUGAUCUGUCUGUUAACCGUUUUAACGGUAGUAUUCCCGCGGGAUUUGCUAGUCUAACCGGACUCGUCUCGCUUAGCUUGGCUCAAAACUCGUUUUCUGGCGAGAUUCCGGAUCUUAACCUCUCCGGUCUACGCAGACUUAACUUGACCAACAACAACCUCACCGGAUUAAUCCCAAGAUCUCUGGAAAGAUUUGGAAUCUCUUCUUUUUCCGGUAACAACUUAAUUUACGACACUGCCCCUCCUCCGGUGGAUUCACCACCAACAGAGAAAGAGAAAGAAAAGAAAAAACAUGGGAUCUACAUCUCAGAGCCAGCGAUUCUUGGGAUAGCAAUAAGCGUCUGCUUCUUGAUAUUCUUCGUGAUCGCGGUUUUGAUAAUCAUUUGCUAUGUGAAAAGGCAGAGGAGGAAAGAAACAGAACCAGCGAAACUGAAACCCGCAGAGAAAAUUCCACAGAAGCUGCUUAAUGAGAAGGAAGUUUCUAAAGUAGCCAAAGAGAAGAAUAUCAAUAUCGAAGAGAUGGAGGAGAAGAGCGAAAUCAACAGAGUUAUGUUCUUUGAAGGAAGCAAUCUUGCUUUUAACCUCGAGGACUUGUUGAUAGCUUCCGCUGAGACUCUAGGGAAGGGCACUUUCGGGAUGACGUAUAAAGCGAUUCUAGAAGAUUCCAAGAUCAUCACGGUGAAACGAUUGAAGGAUGUAGUGGUGUCUCGGAAGGAUUUCAAGCAUCAAAUGGAGAUCGUUGGAAACAUUAGGCACGAUAACGUUGCACCUUUAAGGGCUUACGUGUGUUCCAAGGAAGAGAAGCUUAUGGUUUAUGAUUACUACCCUAGAGGAAGUCUCUCUGUUCUUCUUCAUGGCAAGAACGGAGACGAAGGCAAAAUUCCGUUGAAAUGGGAGACGCGAUUGCGAUUCAUGAUCGGAGUAGCAAAAGGAUUAGCUCACAUACACAUAGAACACAAGCUCUCACAUGGCAACAUCAAAUCUUCUAAUGUCUUCAUGAAUUCCGAAGAAUAUGGAUGUAUAUCAGAAACCGGUUUAGCUGUCUUAGCUAACCCGGUUAGGAGGGUAGAUUCAUCAGCCAGACAGGCACUACGGUACCAUGCCCCAGAAACUAUCGACACGAGAAGAUCGACGCCGGAAUCAGACGUAUACGGUUUUGGGAUCCUGUUGCUGGAGACUUUAACCGGAAAAUCAAGAAUGGAUAAUCAAGAGGAACCGACAGAUCUGGUGGUAUGGGUGAAUAAGGUUUUGGUACAUCAAUGGACUGGUGAAGUGUUUGAUUUGGAGCUUGUGAAGACUCCAAACAUUGAAGCAAAGUUGCUUCAGAUGUUAAACUUAGGGCUGGAUUGCACGAAUAGGGUUCCGGCGAAGAGACCGGAGAUGCUGAAAGUGGUUGAGACUUUGGAAGAGAUUGAGAGGGAUCAGUUGCUAAAUCAUUAA